AAACAUGGAGGCGACCCAGAAGAAACCCGAUAAAGCUGCCCUUAUUGACGGUAGGAACUCCGCCCUUACCUCGUUUCGUUUCCCCAUUUACCACCCCCAUCCAUGUGGAAUCGGCCCUUACAUUACGCACAGAUAUUCUCUCCGAACAAGACCUCUACAAAAUCCUUGGAGCCCCGCGAUCGUCCUCGCCUAACGACUUGCGAAGAUGCUACAUCCAGCGGAGUAAAAUCAUUCACCCGGAUCGACCGCCCGUCCAUGAGGAAUCCACCGCCGCCUUUCAGCGCCUAUCCCAUGCCUACGAGAUUUUGAAGAAACCCCCAUUGCGCGCUCACUACGACCGGGAGACCAGCCGUGGCGGCGGCGGCAAUGGCGGAGGGCAAGGGUUCAAAGGUGCGGUCAAGGGAAUCAUGAGUGAAUUUUUAAGUGGGGAGUUUGCAUUGGUAGGACGUGUCAUGGACAAGUUAAAUCAGGAGUUUCCGGAGGUGGUAAAUGACGAUACCAUCCGUUUGUCUCCCCCUGCCCCCCGAUAACACGGCUUUCCUCUACUAAAGACCGAGCUCGCAGUUGCGAUUGAGAAGGCUUUCAACAGAAUACGGGAGAUGGCUCUCACAACCCGAGUUUAUUUCGUUCUCAUGUCAAUCGAAUUAUCGCGUAUCCACCGUGUGUCAAAGAAGCUUCUCUCGCUCGGUUACUUCGACCUUAUUGGCCGAAUGCGACUUACGGUACGAUUAGCCAGGGUCACAUUAGCAGCACCCGUUCGUGUGGACCGGGCACUCCAACGCCGUCGGGAAAGGGAAUACCGAGUAAGGAAAACCGGACGUGAUGCCGCCGGCCGUAGCGGCGGAGGCUUGCUCAACGAUAGGGUUCGGAGCGUCCUCGAGUUUAUUGUUGGCAGUGAGCUUGAGGACACGGAGGAAGGCGACUCUUUUGAGAGAGUCUGGGGAGAGCAGUGACUGGCCGCAACUCUGGUGCAGGAUAGCUGGAUCAUUAUUUUUUACGAGUCACAGGGUGACUGCUUCUUUUGGAUUCUGCGGGUGGGAUACCUGCGGGCAUUAGGAUUGAGUUUUAGAUUCUCCCCCAAAAUUUGACUAGAUCGAGAGAAUCCC